AUGCGCAGUCGAAAACCUUGCACUAGUAUAUAUAUCCUGCUAGUUUCGUACAAUAAUUGCUUUUACGAGGUUCGAAGUUCCAGCAACCCCAUUACAAGCAGCGCCUCAGCCCCCGUCACUGGUAGCUACUGUUGCACCAGCGGCGCAAACACGGAUCCAAGUACUGGAAGAGCAGCGUACUGUUGCCAGAGUGGUUCUAACCCAAACAUUGGUUCUGGCUGCGACCAUAACCACAAUUACCCGGUCGGCCACCAUGAUGUUGCCUUGUCAAGUGGGGGGUGCGGCCCUGAUGGAAAUGGAUUCGUGGGUGAACAGUAUUAA